CUUCCCUCAGCUCCUCCCCGGCGUUCUUCACUGGGGAGCACCUCUGGUCUGAGUUUGUCUGUGGAGCACCAGGGUAAGAAGAUGAAGCCCGGGUUCUGGAGCUACCUGUGUGUUGGCUGGUGCUUGCUAGGUGUGAGUGCUCUGACUCGGGCGCUGAAGCUGGGGGAGCUGUUUGAGUUUGGAGAAGAAGCCGGGGACCUGCAGCUGCCGCCCGGCUCUGACUCCACCGCGGAGCUGCCUUUAAGCGGCUCGCUGCUCUUCUUCGAGGAAAAAUAUGACAAAGUUUAUAUUAACACCAAUGGGUUUGUGGCUGUUGUUAAGCCUCCAGCUGAGGAGGAAUACCUGGGGAAGAUGCCCAGUCAAUCUAAAAUGAUUGCGGUGCUCCUUGGAGACCUGGACAACAGCGAUGGACAAGGGAAAGUCUACUUCAGGCAGGACAGCAGCCCAAAUGUGCUGGGUCAAGCCGCUAACCACAUCAGGCAGGCUUUUCCAGAAGGUAAUGUAGAGGAGCCCACCAGCACCUUCAUUGUCACUUGGGAGAACAUGGCUGCCCAGGGGACAUCUGGACGGGGAGACCAACUGGACACUAAGAGAAUUACCUUCCAGCUAGUUGUGGCCUCCACAAAGUCAUCUUCUUGGGCCAUCCUUUUGUACCCCAGAGACGGCCUACAGUUCAUCUCCACAUCAAUAGGUGGAGAUAGAAAGCUGCUUGAGGCUGGCUUCAAUGAAGGUCUUGUUACGGGCUUCUUCUGGAAUAGACAGGGGUUGUAUUUCCGCAUUACCACUGAUGAAGAGACCUCUAUCAGCGAACUUACCAAAAAGACGAAUGCAGCACACACUGGAGUUUGGGUGUACAAGAUUGGAUCCUCCCCAUUCUUCCUUGAGAUCACACCAGGGACAGUUUCUAGUGCUGGUGAAAAUGAGGGUGCUACAGAGCCGCCUGUGACCAUGUUACCCAGGCAGACUGAUCACCUCGGGGUAGACUUCUUGACCUACACAACCCAGAUGAUGAAGACAACUGAAACAGUACCAGAAGAAAAGCUGGAGAAUCCAUCUGAGAUCCCAAAGGACUACCAAACCACUUAUUCAGAAGCUGAUACCAUCACACCAGGAACCACAACGCUGAAAACCCAGGAGCCCCUCUACCAUGUGGAACCUGAAAAGUUUGACCAAGAACGCCCAGAAUCAGAGACUGUUGCGCCAGCAUCCACCAGCGCUGAAAGAAUUCAACAAAGAUAUCCAGAUCAACCUGAAUCCAGAUCCCCUGAACAAUCUGAUCCUGACCAAAAUGAGACCAGAUACACCACCUCUGAGACUUUGCAAUCAAGACACAUCAUUCCUACACCCAGUGAAGCCAGAUACUCUCCAGAUGAGCCAAGGUACUCUACCCCAGACCCAGUCCAACCAAGGUACUCUGAACCCGAACCUGUCCAACCAGUUCCACCACAUUCAGCUCCACAGCAUCCUCAGAUUGUUGUAGUGGAUGAAGAUCAAGACUUGGAUGUGAAUGUGUUUGCUUACAAUUUGGAGAUGUGUGCCCACAACAGGCACAAAUGCUCAGCUUUUGCUUACUGUCGGGAUUACAGCAGGGGGUACUGCUGCCACUGUAGGCCUGGUUUCUAUGGUAAUGGGAAGGACUGUGUUGCAGAAGGUAAACCUCAGAGGAUGAAUGGAAAGGUGAAUGGCCAAGUGUAUGUGGGGAACUUGCCUUCACCAGUAAGGCUCAGUAACAACGAUUUGCACUCAUACGUGGUAGCCAAUGAUGGACGGGCCUAUGUGGCCAUCAGCAACAUCCCCAACAGUGUGGGACCCUCCCUGCAGCUUCUCUCCUCAUUGGGGGGGAUCAUCGGCUGGGCCUUUGCCCUGGAACAACCUAGCUAUGAGAACGGCUUCAGUCUCAUUGGUGGAGUGUUUUCCCGGCAGGCUGAGGUGAUCUUCCAGCCAGGUAACGAGCGUCUAAGCAUCAAGCAAGAAUUUAAAGGUAUCGAUGAACAUGACCACCUGGUAAUGAGCACAGACCUGGAUGGACGCCUGCCUGCUGUCCCAUUUGGCUCUACUGUCCAGAUCGACCCAUACAAAGAGAUUUACCACUACGACAGAAACUUGAUCACUUCCUCCUCCAGCCGCAACUACACUGUCACCUCUCCUGACGGAAAUGUCCAGACAAGACGUUGCCAGUGGCGUCAGACCAUCACCUUUCAGAGCUGCCCACAUGAUGAGUCUGAGUGGGCUGGGGCAGCGCUGACCACCCAGCAGCUCAGUGUAGACCAAAUCUUUGUCAUGUUUGACGCUGACAACCAUCUUAUCCGCUACGCCAUGAGCAACAAGAUUGGCCCCAUCCAUAGCAGUUUUCUGGAGCAGAAUCCAUGUUUCACCGGUCGCCAUGGCUGCGAUAUCAACGCUGUGUGUAGACCCAGCGAGGGGCUCCGAUUCAGCUGUGAAUGUACAGCUGGUUUCACUGGAGAUGGACGAUACUGCCACGAUAUUGACGAGUGCCGGGAGACUCCUUUGGUGUGUGGACCCAAUGCCGUCUGCAGUAAUCAGCCUGGAACUUUCCACUGUGAGUGCUCCACUGGCUUUGUGUUCGCCAGUGAUGGAAGGACAUGCAUUGAGGAGAACCAUCCAGUAGAUCACUGCCAGAGAGGAACUCAUGACUGCGAUGUUCCAGAGAGAGCGUUAUGCAGCCACACCAGAGGCUCAGCCUACAUCUGCUCCUGCCUGGCAGGAUUUGUGGGUGAUGGCCGGCUGUGUCGGGACAUAGACGAGUGUCAGCAGCAGGAUCGAUGUCACGCUGAAGCCUUCUGCUCCAACACACAGGGCUCCUACGCCUGUCAGUGUCGUCCUGGUUUUCACGGAGAUGGCUUCCGCUGCAGUCCUGUGUCCUCAGAGCGUGAGAAGACCCAGUGUCAGCAGCAACGAGAAAGUGCUAUUGCCAGUGCUGGUUCUGGCAUCUUCUCUUCAUUCCGUCCUCGUCCAGUUGUCGGUCAAUACAUUCCCCAGUGUGAUGAGCACGGAGCCUACAAACCCACACAGUGCCAUCAAAGCAUUGAGCAGUGCUGGUGUGUGGACGCCAAUGGGCACGAGAUCCCUAACACCCGCACAGGACCUCACAGUAGCCCUCCUCUGUGUAUCAAUCAGGCAGUUACUCCCACUCCCCUGGGUCCGACUCCACGACUUGACAUCCACCCCAUCACUCCUGGAACGCAUCUGCUGUUCGCGCAAAGUGGGAAGAUUGAACACGUGCCACUUGAUGGAUACAUUAUUAAGAAGGAGGAGGCCAAACCUCUGCUCCACAUCCCUGACCGAGUAGUGAUUGCUGUGGCCUAUGACUGUUUGGACAAGAUGGUGUACUGGACCGACAUCACCGGACCAGCAAUCAGCAAGGCCAACCUUAGUGGAGGAGACAUCAUCCCAGUUGUCACUACAGAGCUGCAGAGUCCUGAAGGUAUUGCAAUUGACCACGUAGCCCGCCUUCUCUUCUGGACCGACUCCAUGCGAGACACCAUAGAGGUCUCCAAGCUGGAUGGCAGUCACCGCAGCGUCCUGUUUGACACUGACCUGAUUAACCCUCGACCCAUCAUCACCAACCCAUCAUAUGGGCGGCUGUACUGGGCAGACUGGAACAGAGACGGGCCUAAAAUUGAGAUGUCCAAUAUGGAUGGGACGGAGCGCAUUGUUCUGGUCAAAGACAACCUGGCACUUCCCAACGGUCUGACCUUUGACUACGAAAACCAACAGCUGUGCUGGGCUGAUGCAGGGACACGGAAGGUGGAGUGUAUGGAUCCUCAUCGCCAGCUGAGGCGGAAUAUCGUUGAAGGAAUCCAGUAUCCAUUCGCCCUGGUUUCCUUCGGAAGAAACUUGUAUUACACUGACUGGAGGAGGGAGGCUGUGGUGGCUGUGGACCGUCACUUGGAGAGAGAGACAGAAGAGUUUCUGCCCCAGAAACGAUCUCGGCUGUAUGGCAUUGCCACAACAGCAACACAGUGUCCACAAGUCUAUAACUACUGUGCAGACAACGGCGGCUGUUCUCACCUGUGCCUGCCACGGCUCGGAGGGUUCACCUGUCGCUGCCCAGACACCAGUGAGGGCCAGUGUGUGGAGAGGAACCUGUGAGCUUGUAGAGCGAGGACAACGUUCUGAUAAUAGCAUUUUCUACUUUUCCAUACUUGAAUUCAAAAUUUGUACAAUCAUCUUAAAGUCUUAAAGCUUUUGGUCCUUGAGAGCUGUUCAGACCUCAUUGUAUUUAUGAUGCCAUGAAGUGAGACUUCCUUCCUGUUACUGUUGAAUUCAGAUUUGGUGUCUGGCCUGUUUCUAAGGUGGCUCUGGCUCUUAUUGUUGCAGCCCAAAAUGAGAGACCGAAACACAAACCAAAACUCACUUUGACAGAUCAGGUGAUUAUUAAUAUUUGAAAAGGUACUGAACAGUUGUUUAUAGUUUCUAUAUAUUUUUGUCUAUUUUUAACCUCCUUAUUGUUUUCUUAUGGAUAUGGUCUAAAAAUAUGGUUUUGUGAGAAAACCAAUCAAAUAUUCUUCUUUAUAAUGACCAAAGGAAAAACACCUGAGGUUUUUGUUCUAGAUUUUAAAAAGGAGCUUCAAACUGAACAGAUUGUUGUGUACAGAAGGAAUCGACAAAUUACAGCUCGAUUUCCUGACUUGAUUGAAAACUUUGACAUGUCUCAGGUUUGAAUCCUUGAAUUUCACAUUAGUGAAUUAGUGGUUCUGCUGCAUUUACAGAAGGCUGAUUCACCUCAAUAACUGUUACAUAAUUUCAUAUGUAAGCACAAGGGGCAUUUCUUCCACUUUCAUUUAUGAUGAUAACAGUGAACAACUUACCAAUGUGAAAUUAUACUAUAGAUAUAGCAGUCUUAUAUGAUGAAAUGUGACUUUUUUGGCAGAACUAACAUACUCAGUCAUUUUAAAAUGGACUCUGUAGGUGGACCUCUAAUAGCACCAUUGUGAGUCUGAGGCAAAUGGUGGUUUAAGGCUUACAAUUCUAUUCUAUUGUUUAUUCUAAAACCUACAGCGUAUUUUUAUAUGAAUGUAAAUAUUUACCGAAUAUACAGCUGAUCUUUUUUGUUGUUGUUUUUUGUUUUGUUUCCAACGGUGCUGAUAUAAGCCUGGAAUCAGCCUGAUGAUGGUGAUCACUGUGAAGGUGUGCAAAGGUCAGGUUCCUGUUGAACUAGACUUCCUGUUUGUGCUAUAUCCUUCAGUGAUCAUUAAAGUCACUGAUACAGUUCAGAAAAAUAAAAAAACAACUGUUCAAACACAAA